AUGGUGUGCUUAUCAGAAUCCAGCAGCGAGAGAGAUGCACCGUAUAUGGUGGUUGGUGUGAGUUUUGGUUGCGGGUUGGUCGUCCGAGUGGUAGAGGAAAUGGGAGAGGCUGAGGGGCUUGAACUGUUAAAACCAAGGCUGGCUGUGAGAGGGAAAAGUGAUGGUUUGCUUACUUCGCAAGUCUCAUAUGCAAGACAUCCUAAGACCCAACUUGACUUGUCUGCCGACUUGGCAAGUUUCCAAGCAGAAAGGCGGAUAAGAUCUUUCAACUUGUCCCCUAAGCAAGCCGUCAACAUAGAUGCCUUUGAUGAUCUUCAAGCUUCGAACAGUUGUGCACCAAAAAUAGCUGAGAAACAAUUCCAAUUCCAUGUUCUUGGUAAACCAGGGCCUUCUGUUCAAGAGUUUGGUCAUUAUCGCCUUCCGCAUACUACAGGUGCAAGUAGUGAUCCUGCUGUUAUAUGGUUGACAGGAGGGCCAGGAUGUAGUAGUCCUUUGGCCUUGUUUCAUGAAAAUGGUCCUUUCCACAUUGAAAACAAUCUGUCUCUUUCAUGGAAUGACUACGGUUGGGACACGGCAUCAAAUAUUAUAUUCGUUGACCAGCGUACUGGAACUGGCUUUAGUUAUAUAACAGAUCCGAGCGACAUUCGCAACGACGAAAAUGGUGUCAGCAAUGACUUGUAUGACUUCUUGCAGUUUUUCAAACGUCUAGAACUUUUGUUCAAUAGGGUUUUUGCCAUUGGCAAUGGUCUAACUCAGCCUGAUAUCCAGUUCAAAGCAUACACUGAUUUUGCUUUGGAAAACAAGUUAAUCCAAAAAUCUGAUUAUGAUUCCAUUAACGAGUUGAUCCCGGUCUGUGAACAGGCAAUUAAAGAUUGCGGUACUUGUUCUUACUUUGGUUUCAUUUUCACCGAGUACAAAGCAUGUACUGAACCAGUGCUUGGUUUUACUCUCUCCUUGGUUGAUUAUGUAUUAAACUGA